AUGGCAGCAGCGACAGGAAAACUGGAGGCGGAAGCCCUCAAGCGUAAAAAUCGUCUGCGGGAACUACGAGGAAAGCGAACACAUGAGGAACAUUACAGCAGAAUCAACGACGAAGGUACAACUGUCCCAAAGCCUGUGUUUCGAAAUUACAAGCCAGAAACUGAAGAAUUUCCCGAACUCAUGCCAAUGGACGAUCACGCCGGGGUUGUCGAAAAGGAGGUUGGUACACAUCUACAAAUGAUGAAAACUCCGAUCGUUAUUGAAGAGAUCGAUAUUGUUAAUCUUGCCCCGCGGAAACCUGACUGGGAUCUGAAAAGAGACGUUUCUAAAAAGUUGGAAAAAUUAGAACGUAGAACGCAAAAAGCUAUCGCAGAACUGAUACGCGAGCGGCUGAAAGCCGGACAGGAGCAGGACAUACUUCAAGCUGUAAAUAUUGCAGCGUCUGCUGCAUCUGUAACACUUCAAGAAACGUAUAAUCCAGAACAUUAA